CGCAGCCUCUGAGUGAACGAUGAUUGGUUAUUGGAACUUUGGAUAGUCUUGUAACUUCUGUCAAGUUAUUGUUAGUUAGACAUGUAAAAGUUAAGCACCGGAGAGCACGCGCGACUGCAGGUUCUUUCUCAAGUUUCCAUGUGGAAUAUAGCUGUAGUAUUUUUUCCCCCGGAAUGAUUUCAGCUAAUUAUAAAGGUAAAACAUCUUCCGAUGAAGACGAUGAUGAUCAGGGUUCACGGUCAUCUCCGCCGGAGCGUUCAGUCCAGACGCAAAGUCUGUCGUUCAGCGUCGAAGCUCUCAUGUCGAAGAAAGGACGGAGUGAAUCAGCUUCACACGAACCGAUUCAGAUGCCCUGCAUAAGAAAUCCGGAAGAUCGAGCAGUGAUUUAUUCAGAGUCGGUGGAUUUCCCCAAACUCUGUGAAUCUGUCAAAGAGGACUCUUCCUGGAUCAAUAAACCCACAUUAUCACCACGACCGCAGAGUCCAGCGGCAUGCACGCUCCGAAAGCACAAGACGAACCGUAAACCCCGAACCCCUUUCACCACGACCCAGCUCUUGGCCCUGGAGCGGAAGUUUCGUCAGAAGCAAUACCUGUCUAUCGCAGAGCGCGCCGAAUUCUCCAGCUCUCUCAACCUGACCGAGACCCAGGUGAAGAUCUGGUUCCAGAACCGCAGAGCGAAGGCCAAGCGGCUGCAGGAGGCAGAGCUGGAGAGGCUCAAAAUGACCAGCAAACCCAUCUUACAUCCCGGCCUCACUCUGCCCUUUCCACUCUGUACGCAGAACCAGACAACAGCUCUCUUGUGCGGACAGUCUUUCCCCUUCAGCAGACAUAUGCUGCCCUUUGCACCUGUAGGAAUAUACUCCACACCGCUGGGUUACAGCAUGUGUUCUUUCUCCAAAGACGGCUUCUCUGUGGAGCCAGUCUAGAGGAUCUAUUGCAUCAAAUUGAACUAUUCAUGGAAAAACACUUCUGGUUUGUCUGCUGGACAUACUGACAUUUUUAUGUUUGAUAGGACGUUAUAAAAUUUUAUGUAUGCUUAGGAUUACUUUUUAUGUUCAUUUUUUAAUUUUCAUUUUUGAAUGUGACAUUACACUCUUAAAAAUUAAGGAUCCAAAAAGAGGUUUUCUGAUGCCGUAGAAGCAUUUUGGGUUCACCAAAGAACCUUCAAGUGAACCGUUUUUAAAAGAACCAUUUUUUCUUAAUUAUAUACCAUGUAAAAUUUCCAUGGAUGUUAAAGGUUCUUCAGAGAUCCAAAGAUUCCAAUAAAGAAUCUUCAUUUUUUUUAAGAGUGUAAUCUACUUUGGAAGCCACAAAGAAUAAAUGAAAUCUAGAUUUGCAGGGUGUAAAAUGUAAAGUCUUCUCUAAUUUCCAGGGCAUUUUAGGAUAUUAUAUUAUCCAAUAUUUUGCAUUAAAAUAUUGAUCUUAGUGUGAUUGUGAGUCACACUAAAGAAAAAGUCAAAGUAUAUUAAUUAUUUUACCACAUUAACUUUUUGUAUGACAAAUCCUAAUUUGAAUGUGUUUAUGUCAAGGAAAAUUAACCUAAUAUGGUCACACUUGAAGGACCAAUUCUCACUAUUAACUAUGACCUUUGCCUCAAUAAACUUAUAAUUCACCGCUUAUUAAUAGUUAGUAAGGUAGUUGUUAAGUUUAGAUAUGGGUGAGGGAUCUAAAAUAUGGUCAUGCCGAAUAUAUGUGCUAAUAAGUACUAGUAAACAGCCCCUAAUAUGCAUAGUUAAUAGUGAGAACUGGUCCAUAAAAUAAAGUGUUACCCAUAAUAUAUAUAUACUUUACUCUUUGUAUUUACAUUUAAGAAAUUUGCUGAUUUAGAGUUACGACCUAUAAUAUAGGCCGGUUGAUUUGUUCUUAACUGGAAAUGUUAGAGUCAAAUCUAUUAAGAAU